CCUCUAAAACGGGCUCGAGCACGGUGCAGCGUCGUUGCCGGCCCAUGAAUCUGUGCGCGCAAUAGAUGUUCACAGUUCACAUUGAUGAGAGGCUCUUCCAGCUCCAUGCGAUGCCUCCACCAGUGGACAGCGGCCGACAUGAGAGGGACGGCGUGGGAAGAACGAGGGUACAUGGCACGAUGUUGCUUUUAAAUAUGCGCAAGAGGAAGGAAGCCGGCCAUUUCCACCCGUAUGACCAGGAACCAUCUCGGAUCACGCGCUUGAUCUACUCUCGCGUCUCUGCUCAAAGAAUAGGGAUGGUUCGUGGAAAGCUUGAAGUGCUCCUCGUCGGAGCCAAGGGCCUCGAGAACACCGACUUCCUCUGUAAAAUGGAUCCUUAUGCGGUCCUCACAUGCCGGACGCAGGAGCAGAAGAGUAGCGUUGCAUCUGGAAAAGGCAGCGAUCCUGAAUGGCAUGAGAGCUUUGUGUUCACUGUUUCUGACAGUGUUCCAGAACUCACUAUUAAGCUCAUGGACAGUGAUACUGGCUCCAGAGAUGAUUUUGUGGGAGAAGCAACCAUUCCUUUAGAAGCAGUAUUUUUCGAAGGAAAUAUUCCUCCUACUGUUUAUAAUGUGGUCAAGGAUCAAAAAUAUUGUGGAGAAAUUAAAAUUGGUCUCUCCUUCAUUGCAGAGGAAACUCGCGGGAGUGAUUUCCUUGCCCAGAGCUAUGGUGGAUGGAACGAGUCAUCCUGAAAGAUAUUUUCAUGCUCUAGUAAAAUCUUAAUAUAGCCAGAAUGUACACCAGGAUAUUUCGUUCCAAAAGGCAUAGUUCUAAGAGACAUUGUCCAGUCAAUAAAGCUACUAGAAAACUUAAAACAGGAAUGGGUACUUUCUAUGUCCCACUUCAUCGAUCGAUUAUUCACACUUUCAACUACUUGGGUCUAGUGUUUGUUUCGUUUAAUGUGAAAUGGUUGUUUCUGUAUCUUUUCUUUCUUAUCACAAGAACUAUAUCUACUUGGGUCUAGUGUUUGUUUCGUUUAAUGUGAAAUGGUUGUUUCUGUAUCUUUUCUUUCUUAUCACAAGAACUAUAUCUACUUGGGUCUAGUCUUUGUUUCGUUUAAUGUGAAAUGAUUGUUUCUGUAUCUUUUCUUUCUUAUUAUAAGAACUAUAUCUACUUGGGUCUA